GGCCCAUAAGGUAUCCAAGUAGCCCGUUACAGCCUACUAUAGGUAUAAAAGGAGGGACCCUAAACCUAAUCACCAGGUAAGCCAGUUUAUUUUCUAGGGUUUCAAAAAAUCGCAAGUCGCCGUUGCAGCCAAAACCUCAGCACCAAAAAUGGCUCGGAUCAAGGUUCAUGAGUUGAGGCAGAAAACAAAGGUAGAAUUGUUGAAUCAGCUCAAGGAUCUCAAAGCUGAAUUGGCUCUUCUUCGUGUUGCGAAGGUUACCGGUGGUGCACCUAACAAGCUUUCCAAGAUUAAGGUAGUGAGAUUGGGGAUUGCGCAAGUGUUGACUGUGAUGUCACAGAAGCAAAAGUCGGCAUUGAGGGAAGCUUACAAGAACAAGAAGUAUUUGCCGCUUGAUCUUCGUCCUAAGAAGACCCGCGCUAUUCGUCGUCGCCUCACUAAGCACCAGGCAUCCUUGAAGACUGAGAGGCAAAAGAAAAAGGAGAUGUACUAUCCAAUGAGGAAGUAUGCCAUCAAGGUGUAGGCUAGGUAUUUUUAUCUAGAAGCAUCAUCUUAAAAAAGACUGAAAUUUUGUUGAGAAGUUUAUUAAGAUUCUAAAAGUGGUUUAUGACAGCACUUGUUUCUCUUCCUUUUUGCUUUAAUUUGCUGGGAUCUUUUUUCAUAUUGGUAACUCGUAAGUACCAAGUAGCAUUGUGGUUUAUGAUCUAUGACAAUUUUUCUAUGGAGAAUGGAUGAUAGAUGUUUACCGAA